AUAAAUUGAAAUUUAAGUAUGAAUGUUGUUUUUGGUAUUUGUUUUAUUUAUAAUUGUAUAAUUUUCAGAUUAGCUAAGAAGGAGAAAGAAUUAGCUGCUACAGAGAAAAGACUGAAUUCUGUAGAGUCGCAUAAUCAGGAUCUGCAGUCUAAAAUUAAUCAGCUUACAUCAGAAAAAAGAAAAUUUGAAGAUACUAUUAAGGACUUAGAAGAUGAAAGAAACAGGUUAGCAGCUGAGUUAGCAGAAAGAAAGCGGCAGUUUGAUAUGAAUGUGUUGAGGAUUGCUGAAUUAGAAAAUCAGUUACAGAGUCUGAAAGAGGAACUUAGUUUCAGAACGACCGUUCACGAGAAGGAACUUUCAGAAUCAAGAAUAAUGAAGACAACUGAAAUAUCUGAUAUUGAUAUGAGUAUCAGAGAAAAUUAUGAACAAAAGUUAGCAGAUACGUUGAGAGAACUGAGAGAGCAAUAUGAAUCUGAAAUGAGAACAAACAGAGAUGAAAUUGUUACAUUAUAUGAAACAAAGCUUGCUGAUAUUCAAAAGGAUUUGAAUGCUAAAUUGAAGUCAUCUCAAGGAAAAGAAGAAGAAAUGAGGACCGUUAAAACCAAAAUAGAUCAGUUAUCUUCAAAAGUUAAAGAAUUUGAAAGCUUGAAUGAGUCUUUGAAGAAUCGAAUCAAAGAUCUGGAAGCUUUGUUAGAACAAGAAAGGGAAUGGAAUCAUAUUACUCUACAGGCUAAGGAUGAGGAAUUGAAGAACCUAAGAGAAGAAUCAGAAAAGCAACUCCAAGAAUAUCAGGAUCUGUUAAAUAUUAAAGUUGCUCUGGACAUGGAAAUUGCUGCAUAUCGAAAGUUGUUAGAAUCGGAGGAGACAAGGUUACACAUUACACCUUUAAAAUCUCCUUCAUUUGAUACUGUGCAGAGGAGCACUCCAGUUCGUCGUACUCCUGUACGAGGUGCAAAACGAAAGCGCACAGUUCUUGAAACUGGGGAGAAAUCUAGUAGUGAUCUUCAAGUUUCUGCUUCUGCAAAGAGUGAUGUAGAAGUCCAAGAACAUGAUGUCGAAGGCAAAUAUAUAAAGCUUUUCAAUAAAGGAAGCACAGAAAUACCAUUAGGAGGUUGGCAACUUAUACGCAGAGCAGGCGAACAAGAAACUAUUUACAAGUUCCACCGAUCUGCUGUUAUUAAAGCAAAUUCUCAUGCUACAGUCUGGAGUUCUGAUGCAGGUGUAACACACAGUCCUCCAACAGACUAUGUUAUGAAAGGCCAAAGGUGGUUCACCGCAGACACAAUGAGUUCUGUUCUUCUAAAUAAUAAUGGAGAGGAAAUGGCUGUACGGGAAACUUCCAAAAAGACUCAUCGUUCUCUUGAGCAGAGAGUCUUUGAUACCAGUUACUUUAAUCCAUCUCAGUAUUCAGCAGAGGAAUUAUAUCAUCAACAAGGAGACUUUCAAAAUCCAUCAGAAAGAUGUAGCGUCAUGUAACGUUUUUGUUUAUUCAUCUGUUCGACUCAAACAUGGAUUUUAUUCAUAAUAAACUGCAGUUCAUGUGAAAUAUUUUUAAAAACUCAAGUGAAGCAUACCAUCAUUACCAUAUUCUGUUUUAAUAUCACUAUGCCAUAUGAAAAUUUUUAAUGAAAUUGCCAUGCAAAAAGUAUUUUUAAUACCUUGAUUCCUGAUGUUGCAUCAUUGAAUUGUUUCAUCUUGAAUUAUGCAUCAUUUCAUAUCCUCUGCAACUAAAUGGUAUGUUUUAUUAUUUGAACAUGUGAAUUUAUUGUUUCAGAAAGCCUUGUCAUCUGUCAAACAGUGAUCUCUUCUUUUACCUGUAUUGAUAUUAUUUUUUUUAAAUGCUUCAUUCUUUGUAGUAUUCUUUUGUGAUUGGCUAAUUCAUAUUUAUUGUCAUUAUUUUGACUUUAAUAUAGUACAGAUUUAUAAGUUAUUUAAAAUUUGUAAACAGAUGAGUGCAUCUGAAGUACUUCUUAAUGAAAUUCUUUUAUUUGUAUGGACUUUUUUAUUGUUCUAAAUUUAUUUCCUUAAGCUUUAAAAGAUACCAAUUCGAUAAUGUGUUAUUUGUCAAAGUUUCAUUAUAUGUGUGACUAUUAUUUAUAGCUUUAAGUGGCAAAAAUUUUGCUUCUGUUGUAAUACUGAGUUUUUAUAGUCCUUUGAAUAAAUUUUGUCAUAAAUAAAUUUUAGAUUGUGUAUUUUUUUGUAUGCAUAAUGUUUUGAGAUUCAUUUUUUAUGUUCACGAGUCAGUGUAAUUAAUGUUUAUGCAGCAACUAGUAACUCCAUACUUAUCAAUCAUUGUGUGUCAUUUUAUAAUGUAUUUUUCCAUAUUUUUUUAGCAUUGAUUUUUGUUUGUGUGUAACCAUGUUCCCAACAUUUUUCUUCCUUUACUGAUAAAGAUGCAGUAGGAUAAACUAUUACAUAAGAAUUUGGCAGUUUAUCUGCCUAAUUUUUAACUCUUUUUAAUACUUUCAGUCAUGAAUUUAAUGUUGAAGAGUGAUUUUUGUAAAAAAACUAAUUUAUGUCAUUUUAACAGAAUUGUAUAACAUUUUAAAGAAGUUAUUAAAAGAGUAAUUUUUUAUUUACGUUCUUGUUAACUGUUACUGCUAUAAUGAAACAACUGUGUGCCAUUGGCUGAAAUUUGCCAUAUUUUGUCUUUUUCUUGAAAUAAAUAAUUAUAAUUUUGUUUUCUGUA